ACGAAACGGCUGAGUUGUGACGUCGCACGGAGUCUGCAGAAAAAACUGGUCAUAUAAAUAGGUUGGCGUUGUGGGUCCAGCGCCAGUGAUCACAAUGGGACGCGUUGGUGAGGUAGCGAGCUUGCUGGCGCUGGUCGCCUUGACCGCGGCUGGUGUGACAGACAACACCCUAGAUGGCGGGGAGCGGGUGGUCCUAGUGGCCCCUGUGUUGGCCCCCCCGAGGGACUCCAGGACUCACAGCAACGACCGUGCGCGGCAGUUUCCCGUCCUAGUGCUUCUCGCGCAGCAAAAUGCGCCGCAAGGACGCUCCGAGCCUUCAGCCAAAUCUUUGGGCGGACCACCCAAGCCGAUUUAUGUUCAGAAACUGGAAGACCAAAAAGUGCCACAAGAAACCACAAAGACUCAAAGUAAUCGCCAGAAGCGACACUUGCUGAAGAAAAUCCUCUUGGGCCACGGUGGCGGUGGCGGUGGUUACGAAUAUGGAGGAGGUGGUCUCAGCAUUGGCUACGGAGGUGGCUACGGGGGCGGCUACGGGGGCGGUGGCGGCUACGGCGGUGGUGGUGGCUAUGGCGGCGGUGGCGGCUACAGCGGCGGCGGUGGUUACCAGGAGCCAUCCAAGACGAUAGUUGUGAAAGUCGUUCAUGAGAAUCAUGAUCAUGGCGGCGGUCAUUACGGUCACCAUGGUGGUGGCGGUUACCAAGGAGGCAACGGCGGUGGCGGCUAUGGCAAUGCGGGCGGUUAUGGAGGAGGCUACGGCGGUGGUGGCGGCGGUGGUUACGGCGGCGGAUACGGCGGCGGCGGCGGCGGCGGUGGCGGCGGUGGUGGUGGCGGCGGCGGCGGCGGUGGCUACGGCGGUGACAACCACGUUGGGCUCGGGAAUCAAGGAGGCGGCUGCGGAGGCGGUUGCGGGGGAAAUGGUGGUGGUCACCAUAGCAGUGGCGUUGCCUCUGCCACCGCUACUGCCACUGCAACAGCAUCUGCUCACUCUAGCUCUUACGGCGGAGGGUACGGUAAAAAACGCUAAGUCUGGCUGGACUACAGUGAAAGUCCACGUUACUUAGUCAAUAGUGGUUUGUGAAGUAAUUUGUGAUCGUGAGAGAAAAUAGGAACAUUUAAAAUGUGAAAAGAAAUAGCAGUAGGAGAAGCGAAGAAACAUUUUAGUUAAGAAUGUUAUAAUCUAUAUCCAGGUACCUAGUUUCUGGAGGAAUAGGUUACCUACCUGUGUUAACAUUUAAGAAUGUGUGCAAUGAUUAAAGACUAUGAUUUUUA